AUGUCUGAAGUCCACGGCGACUCUGAGCUCGUGACGACGGGCUCAGAACAGCUGGAGUAUCCUCUAGCGCUGGCCCCGCGUCAAGUCACUCUGCGAGAUCGAGUAACGGUGGCGACAUUGAUGCCGUUUGCCUCUGCAGAGGAUGUCCCCCGACCACUGCUCAAGUACCUCUCGGAUCAAUUCAACAAGGAAAUUGAAAAAGGAGAUACCUAUGCCAUGACCGAGCCCAUCCCGCUGGCACUCUUCGGGCGGUAUUGGUUCUCCAACUUUGGUGUGGUCAUGCUCCUGGGCGAUAUUCAGAGUGUGGAGCAGACACAUUCGAUGGAUCGAGCCGGAGCCAAUUGGACGAAGAUCUGUCUUGGUGGCUUUCACAUUCGACCCAAUUACCCCGGCCGGAGCAGUCACGUCUGCAACGGCACAUUUAUUGUCACAGAUGCGGCCCGAAACAAGGGUGUAGGUAGGUUGAUGGGUGAAGCGUAUCUGGAGUGGGCCCCACGGCUGGGUUAUACAUACGCUGUUUUCAAUUUGGUUUACGAAACCAAUGUUGCUUCGUGCCGGUUGUGGGAUUCGCUGGGCUUCAAGCGUAUCGGUAGAGUUCCCGGCGGAGGCCAACUGAAAUCCCAACCGGGAGAGUUUGUGGAUGCAAUCAUCUACGGUCGGGGCCUAAGCUUAGACGGAGAGGACUCCGUAUCUCAAGACCGCUUUGAGAAGAUCCGCUACUAUCUUAAGCAUUCUAAAUACCCCCGCGGGGCGGAUCGAGCGGAGAAGAGUCGGCUUCGAAGCGCCGCUACCCAUUACAAGUUAAUCGGCGGAGAAGAUGGAGAGCCGGAGAAAUUGAUGCUAAAAGACAAAGAGGUCGUAUCGGAUCCGCAGCACCAAUAUGAAAUUGCAAAGGAAGUCCAUCUCAAGCAACACGCUGGCAUCAACAAGACGACAGCUGCGAUUGCCAUCAAAUUUCAUUGGGUGCGGAUCAAAGAGACUGUCAAUCGUGUGAUUCGAGACUGUCCACAAUGCAAAGAGACCCUUAAAGCUCCUCCUAUCCCCGGAACAAGAGAUGACAACCAGUCGGUUACAGUCGAAGAUUCUCCGGUGGAGGAGGACUCCUUUGACCACCAUGAGAAACAGACCAGCGAUGAGCCACAGGCGAUGGACGAAGCGCCGGAUGAAUCUCCAAGUCAUAAUCCUUUUAUCAACUCCCAAACCCCGGCAGUUGCACCUGUAGGGACAGUCCACCCAAUGGCAAGCUUUAACCCAAUGCCUCUCGAUCCUCAAAUUAUGCAGCUGCAGCAACAGUUGCGGCGCUACCAACAACAAAAUGCCAUGGCCAGUGCCUUUGUUCCAGGACCACACAAUAUGAACAUGUCCAACUUUGAUGACGCAAUGCGCUACCAUACCGCCAGCAAUGCCUAUCAGAUGAUGGUGGAUGAUGGCUCUGAUCCCUUUCGACAAGAGGUACUGGGCUUGAUGAACCCUGCCUCUCAUCCGGACUUGCAGCAUGAUGCUGAGCUACUUGCUAAGUACGAGUAUGGUAGUCCAUCGGAAGGGAAUUAUGACUUUACCUGA